AGAAGAAGCUUUCAUUAAAUUAAUGGCUCUUCUCCGCAACCAAAAAAGCUUCGUCUUCCCUGCUCCACCUCCAUCUCCGAUCGCCACCGGCAGAGGAUUAAGAUCAGCGGCGGUGGACGAUCAGAUCCUCUCCGAAUAUCUCGAAAACAAUCUACGUGUCCCUGACCUUAACCUACCCCAAUCUUUCCAUUUGGCGAUUUCAAAUCCGGUAGAAAUCGAUCUACGAUUGCUUUCUUCAAGGGACGAUGAUUCAAUUCGUCAGGUAUUGAGAUCGGCAUUGCAGUUCGGCGUUUUCAGUAUCAUCGGUCAUGGAAUCUCGGCCGAUAAAUUAAGUUCGAUGAUGGCAGAAGCAGAGAUGGUUUUUCAGAUUCCGGUGGUAUUAAAGAGGGAUUCAAAUCGAGAGAAGUUCUUAUCAUUUUCUUCUGGAAAUAAUGGGAUACGAGGAGAGAUCGGCCCCGAAAAACAUCGGAGCUUAAGCUUCAAUCAACGAGUGUAGUAGCAACCUCAACCUUCUAAUGAAAAUACUCCAUUUCGGAUUUCAGCCAAACUAUGGAUUACAUUUUUGGGAAACUGGAAAGCAUUGCCGAUAUGGUUGGUCUCAUACUGUCGGAGGAAGAGUAUGGUGUCAACAACGUCCAAACAGGGAGAGAUCCAAUUCUGUGUUUACAAAAAUCCAUGGGCCCCAAUCUGUCUUACAAUGACUCUUAUCACUACGCUCUCAGCUUCUUCCUUUCUGCCACCGACAAUGAGUUCUUGGUCCAGACUGCAAGAGCUCCUUUGUUAUUCAACCCAAUGCCUGGAAGUAUUGUCGUUACCAUCAGAAAACAGUUCAAGGAAUGGAGAAAUGGUGAGUUCAAAGGUGUUUCUGAGGAGCCAAAUUUGGUGCUAAACUCUGAUGGAAGCCCUUCUUUCUUCGUUGAGUUCAUGUGUACUCCUUCAACAUUAACUUAUAACAACCCUCAUCAAAUGAGGAAAAUCUCUUUGCUUGAUCAAAUCUGGAUAGUCCUCAUCAUUUGUUUCCUAUACAAUUUCUUCACCUACAUCUCCUCUAGAUUUAGAGGAAAUUAAGAUCUACAGGUUGGAGUUGUAUUCUUUUCCAAGGUUGAAUAAUCUACUUGUGUGAUGAUGUGAGGUCUUUUGAUGUUAUUGUAUGGAGAUGCCUAUCUGGUGUAAAGUUUUUCUUUACCCAGUGAUGCUGUUAAAGAGUGCAUUGGCUUAAUAAAUUAGCACACCAAAAAAAAAAAAAAAAAAGGAUUGUACAUGACACUUGAUUUUGAAUGUUUUUUGUACUGUUGUAAUUACAAGUGAAAAUUGGCUAAACAAACAAAUAAUACCGAAGAAGCAAAAAAAAAUGUAAUUCAUGUUGG